GAGCGCGGACUGCUUGACGGAGAUCCGAGCUGGGCUCACGUUUGGCCGUCAGCUGCCGCUCUCGGCGCGCUCUUGGCGGGCCGACCCCAGCUCGUUGAAGACAAGCGGGUCGCCGAGCUUGGCGCCGGCUUGGGCCUUUGUGGCCUCGUCUCCGCCGCAGUGGGGGCGCGCACGGUGCUGCUGCUGGACCGUGAGCCCCGGGCGCUGCAUUGCGCCGUGGCUUCUGCAGAGCUCGGCAAGCUGGCGGUGCAGGAGGUUGGCGCAGCUUGCGGCGUGCAGGCUGCCGUCUACGACUGGGAUGCGCCUCAGAGUUUCGGGGAGCCUGUAGAUGUCAUCCUGGCAGCAGAGGUCCUCUACGAUGUUACAGCCUCAAAGGCACUGGCUGCAGCCUCUUUGUGCCUGCUUCGUGGAGAG